AUGGCCACGGCGGUUCUGAGAUCCCACGACGCGCUGAACAACCGGAUGCAUCUCGACGCGUACACCCCGUCCCCGGCGAAGCCGCGCCGGCGCCGGAGCCCCAAGCCGGCGGCCGCGUCCUCGCCUCCCACCAGGGCCGCAGCGCCCAUAGCCUCGACGCCGCCGCCGAAGCCUGCAGCGGUGCAGAAGACCGCGACGCCCGCUAAGGGCCCCGCGGCGCCUGGCCGUCGCUCGCCGCCGGCCAGGCCGGCUGCUUCUUCCCGGAAGCAGCCGUCCCCCACCAAGGAGAAGCCCAAGCAGCGGCUUGUCAUGGAGGAGGUUCGGAUUCUCAAGCGCGGCGAGGAGCCGCCGGCUCCCGCUCCCGCUCCCGCGCCGGUGGUAGCCGCGCCCCCCGUGGCGCAAGCCGCGGCGGUGCCGGCGGUUGACCAGCGCGUCCUCUGUUCCACUGGCCGGAUCGGGCCGCAGGCGCCCGCCGUGGUGCCGACGAAGAAGAUGGUGGCCGCCCCCGCCGCCGCCGCAGCCAACGCGGCCGUGUACGCGGGCCCGGCGUUUUCUGCCGCGGCGCCCGAGCCGAGCUCACUCCCCAUGCCCGCCUUCUUCCUCCGGCGCGCGGAGUCCGAGGCCACCCGGGGCCUCCGGUGCCUCCUCCGCAUCGGCGAGGUGGCCUGA